CUCCUCAUUGUUCUACUGGUAAAACACCUAGUGAAAUGCUAUUCAACAGAAAACUUCGUUCAAGACUAGAUUUGUUGCGCCCUUUAACCUUAUCGGAUAACAACGUAGUUCGUCCACAGCGUUCUUUCAUGAUAGGAGACACAAUUUUUGCUCGUGACUUUUGUUCUAAAGAAUAUUGGGUUGCUGGUAAAGUUAUUCAGAAACUUUCACCUGUUACCUAUAACAUUGAGCUCCCUAAUGGUUCCAUAUGGAAACGUCAUAUUGAUCAACUGAGAUCUCGAUCAUCCUCAUCCCUCGAAUCUCAAGGUGCUUCAUUCGUUCCUCUUCAGCUGUGGUGGGAAGAAGAAAAUAAUCCUAUAGUUGAAAAUAUUCCCCAGAAAGACAACAUGAAAAAUUCAUCAUCAGAUACUGUCUUAACUUCAGACUCCUCUAGUACUCAAGAGUCAAGUCGUAGACAUCGUAAAACUCCUAGAUACUUACAAGACUAUGUUUGUAACUUCUCCUUAGGAGGGGAUGAUGCUAUGUAUCGCAGCGCCAUCUAUGGCAGUUCAAAUGUAUAUAUGUAGUAGCGCGCCUGCGCACUGCAGAGUUCUGCACCGUUAUGUACUUCAAUAAAGACGUGUUGAUUUAGCUGUUCAUGAGAAUCCGUUUCAAUCCUUUUCGUAAUCUAAUUCCGACGUUAAUACAUACCAAUUCUGGCGACGAGGUGGAUUAAAGAUAAUAUAUUUCUUCAAUUUUAUUCAAGAAUACUGAUGUUCAUUUAUUUUUCUCGACCAAUUCAACGAAGUCAACACGUGGUUACAUUCAGCUAGACUUUGAACCUUCGACCCGUAAGUUACCAAAUUGCUUAUUAUUAUUGUUCUCUUUCCUUUAUUCGAAAAUGGCAAAUGCGAUUAACGUUAACCCUUACAACGUAAAUACUGACUGGGAUGAAUAUGUCGAGCAAUUGGAAGAAUUCUUUAUAGCGUCCAAUAUCACCGACGAUAGAAAAAUGGUGGCUACUCUUCUUAGUCAAAUGGGUCCGGUGGCUUACAAAUUAUUAAGGAACCUUUGUCUCCCAGAUAAACCUUCUUCGAAGACAUUUGCUGAUUUAAAAAGUAUAAUGAGGUCCCAUAGAAAUAAAUCAGUCAGUAUUAUUUCCGAGAGAGCGAACUUUACUCGCCGGGUACAAAAAGAAGGAGAAUCGAUUAACGAUUUUAUAGUUUGUUUAAAAUCAUUAAGUGAAAAGUGUGAUUUUGGAGAUUCCCUUGCUUCACGUUUAAGAGAUCAAUUCGUGUCGGGCUUGUACGACCCUAGGAUUCGUUCAAAUCUAUUUGCUAAAAAUGAGUCGGAAUUAGACCUUCAGAAAGCGAUCAAUUAUGCUAUUGCUAUGGAACAAGCUCUGAUUGAUGCAGGUCGUUUCAAUAAAUUGCCACUCGAAAACGAUUGUUUUAAAAUUCGUUCCACAAAGUUCUCUAACAGAAAGAAGGAGUUUAGUGAGAAUAGUCCUAGAGAUAAAACUAAGUUUGAAACAAAGAAAACCAGUACUUACAUCUGUAAAUCUUGUGGAAGCAAAAAUCAUUCCCGUGAGAAUUGUAGAUUUAGAACAUUUACCUGUAAUAAAUGUGGCAUUCUUGGUCAUAUUGCAAGGGUUUGUGGAAAAACUAAACAUUCUCAUGUGAGCAUACACCAACUAUC